AAGGAAAAAAAUGAAUUUACGUCCACUCAAAAUGUCAAAUGUUAAAUAUCUAAAAGAAUCUAGUGGACCGUGAAGGUCAAACAGAGCUACGACUCGGUUAAUGCUCUAUUCUGAGCAAAUGGACCAACACCACCCCACCAUCACAUGCAGAUUCAAUGCUUUCAAUGGCAGAAGAAUACAUUGUACUAUGCGAGACUUGUCAUCUUUGCCGUCGUUAUGGGCAAUCCUUCUGUUUUUCUUCUUUCUACUGUGCCCUGCUACUUCAAGCCUUCACAGUCGUCAGAGUGGUUCAACCAAAUUUAGACACCAAGCAGUAGUGGCACGCCAUGGUGCUGUUGCUACUGAUGAUGGUAGAUGUUCCAGAAUUGGGAUUGAUGUUCUUCGUGAAGGAGGGCAUGCUGUUGAUGCCGCUGUAGCUGCUUCUCUUUGUUUGGGAGUUGUGAGCCCAGCAUCAAGUGGCAUCGGUGGAGGAGCCUUUAUGAUUAUCAGACUUGCCAGCGGGGAGUUACAUGCCUAUGACAUGAGAGAAACUGCGCCAAUGCAAGCUUCUGAGGUACUGAGGAUUCUGACAAGUCUUUCCUAGAAUAUAUGUGAUAACCAUCUUGAGUACAGAAUAUCAACACAAAUAAAGGAAAACAUGUUGCAAUUUGUCACAUCAACAAAUGAAUAGUAAGAGGUUUUUCCUUCAUUUUUUUCAUUGAUUUGGCAGUAUUUUGGAGUAUGGUGAUUCCUUCCUCUCUCCAUCAUUUUCUUCUCAAUAGAUUGGUAG